AUUCGUCACCACCACCAUCUUCUUCCAUAUCCAAAACAUACGAACCACCACCCAUGGAUCUCAUCAAUGGCUUCUUGAAUCUAGUAGCACCUCCCUUCACCUUCUUCGCCUUGUUGCUCUUCUUACCUCCAUGGAUCUUCUUCAAAUUCUGCCUCGGCAUCCUUCGUUCCAUCUUCACUGAAAACGUCUACGGCAAAGUCGUCCUUAUCACCGGCGCCUCCUCCGGCAUCGGCGAGCAUCUCGCCUAUGAAUAUGCUAGCAGAAGAGCGUGCUUAGCUCUGUCUGCACGGAGAGAGAGUCGUCUUCGGGAAGUUGCUAAUCGGUGCCGGCAGAUCGGAUCUCCUGAUGUUAUAGUCAUCCGCGCUGAUGUAUCCAACGCUCAUGACUGUAAACAACUUGUUGAUCAAACUGUUCAUCACUUUCAUCGAUUGGAUCAUUUGGUGAAUAAUGCAGGAAUUGCUCAAGUGUGUAUGUUGGAAGAUGCAGAUGAUAUCACAAAUUUACGACCGGUCAUGGAUAUAAAUUUCUGGGGUUCCGUUUACACUACAAAAUUUGCAGCUCCAUAUCUGAGAAACAGUAGAGGCAGAAUCAUUGUGCUGUCUUCUUCGGCUUCCUGGAUGCCUGUGCCAAGGAUGAGCCUCUACAAUGCAAGCAAAGCAGCACUCUUUCAGUUUUAUGAAACACUGAGGGUUGAAUUCGGGUCGGAUAUCGGUAUAACUAUCGUGACUCCGGGCUUCAUAGAGUCUGAACUGACUCAAGGCAAAUUCCUUUCUCACGAAGGCAAGAUGAUAGUUGACUAUGAUGCUCGAGAUGUGCAAGUAAACUUGACUCCGGUAGGGAGAGUAGCAGGAUGUGCAAGGGGAAUAGUGAAACGAGCGAUGAGAGGAGACCGGUAUGUAACGGAACCCAGGUGGAUGAAGAUGACAUACGUGUGGAAGGUGUUGUGGCCGGAGGCCGUGGAGUGGACCAACCAACUAAUGUGCAUGACGAAAGUUGGCGGUGAGUCUCGGCAUGACACUUUUGGGAAGAAGAUUUUGGACAUCACUGGAGUUCAGAACAUUUUGUACCCGGAGAACAUUCAAUCGUCGGAGAUGAAAUCAGAUUAACUUAUACUUGGUCGAUCUUCCCCCUUGGUGUUAGUGAGUUGUGUCGUUCUCGUGUUCAGUUUGGUGUUUGUCUGUGUAUAAAUAAGAGAUAGAACCCAUAUGCGAGGUGAGUGAGUUAAAAGACUGACUGUGCAUGUCGAUAUUGAAUACUAGUUUAAGUUUCUGCAUGUUUUUGAGAUGAGAUGCAGCAGCUCAAGAAUACGAUCAGGAAGAAAAAGCGUUCAUCAAGGUCUCGUUCAUUCUCGAGUUUCAACACUAGAUGGGAAGUACUGAAGUUCAAAAAUUAACCCCAGUUUGUGGUUUGUUUGAU